AUGGCUCCCAACAAGUUAGCAAUCAGCAGUGUUUCCUUGAGCCAGCACUCAAGCCACCCACUGGACCAGAAAAUCCGAGCCGCCGCGCAGAAUGGAUAUGCCGGCAUCGAGAUCGUCUUCUCAGACCUGAAUGCAUACGCCGAAUCCCAGAACCUCCCCAUCAUCCAAGGUGCAGAGCAGAUACGAGUCAUCUGCGAAGAAUCACAACUAGAGAUUUUGUCGCUGGCGCCCUUCGAGAACUACGAAGGCCACAACUCACUUCUGGCCGAGCGACUGAGCGUUGCCCGGCAGUGGAUGGAGAUUGCCCGGGUCUUGCGAGCACCGUACCUCCAGAUCCCGUCGCAGUAUAGCCACGACUGCACGGGCGACGAACGCGUGGUCAUCUCGGAGCUGCAGCAGCUAGCAGAUCUCGGCCGCGCCGCGCAGCCGGUGGUAUCGAUUGCCUACGAGGCCCUCUCGUGGGGAACACAUAUCUCCACGUGGGAGGCGGCCCUGCACGUAGUGGAAGCCGUGGACCGUCCGAACUUCGGACUGUGUCUAGACACGUUCCACGAGGCGACGAAGCUGUGGGCCGAUUCCAGGGCUGUGCCGGGAAAGUACCCGCAAGCAGACAGUGUCCUGCGGGACUCGCUGCGUCGAUUUAUAGCGCAGUGUCCGCUCGACAGGAUCUUCUAUGUGCAGCUGUCUGACGGCGAGCGAUUCGACCCACCCUUUUCGCCGUCACACCCCUGGUACCUCCCCGGAGAAGCCUCGCAGUUUACUUGGUCCAAGCAUGCGAGGCCGUUCCCGCUGGAGACUCACCUGGGCGGGUACCUGCCUGUGUCGGAGAUCGCGAGGGCAUGGAUUGUCGAGAAGGGGUUUGCCGGUUGGGUAUCUCUCGAAGUCUUUGACCGUCGUAUGCGGGAUCCUGCUGUCCAGCCGGCUUCUGCGGCUCGGCGAGGAAUUGAAUCGUGGAAGAAGGUUCAGGCAGAGAUGCAGUCGCCGGUGGCAAAGCUUUAA